ACACAUACCGUCCCCCUGCCUGUGUCUACCCACUCCCUGGUCCUCAGCAGACACAUCAGUGCACACACACCAACAGGCGGAGACAGGAGGAACUCACAAGAACUUUGAAUCCCAGGGACAAGCACAGAUCCUGGAGAAAACCUGACAAAUCACUGCCUGCAAGAAAGACCAACACAAAAGAGACUAGGAGCAAAGUGCAUAGAAGGCAUUGGGACUGUGCUUAAGAUUCCUACCCAGGCAGGAGAUUAACAAGAAACCAGGAGAAAGGAGAAACAGAGGGAGAAGGACAGAAGCUGGGGUGACAGAGGCAUUAAAGAUGCAUCAUCACCAUGGAAUAUUCACGCUGGCGCUGCUGGCGUUCCUCUUGGUACUCACAGUGCUUGGGACGGACACAGUAAAGAAAGACAAGCAAGAAAAGAAGGCUAAGAAGUCAGACUGUGGGGAGUGGCAGUGGAGUGUAUGUGUUGCCACAAGUGGAGACUGUGGGAUUGGAACCCGGGAAGGCACCAGAUCAGGAAAGGAGUGCAAACAGACGAUGAAGACCCAGAAGUGUAAGAUCCCAUGCAACUGGAAGAAGCAGUUUGGAGCUGAGUGCAAAUACCAGUUUCAGGACUGGGGAGAGUGUGAUCCAGUAACAGGAGUGAAGACACGGAACGGCAGCCUCAAGAGAGCCCUACACAAUGCAGAGUGCCAGAAAACAGUGACAUUGUCCAAGCCAUGUGGAAAGAUUACCAAACCGAAACCUCAAGAGUCUAAAAAGAAGAAAAAGGAAGGGAAGAAGCAGGACAAGAUGGUGGACUGAUAGCAAAUAUGGAAGCCCAUCAAGAAGACAUCUGGGGGCACUGGUGCCGGAAGCAAGAUGGCAUAACAAAUUAUCUACCUUUCUACUUGUAGUAUCGGAAGGGAAGGGGGGGAAUGUACUCUGUACUUUGUAGUGUUGUUUUUGGUGGAGGGGGGCACAAUUUCUUUAAAACCGUAACACUGUGCUAGAUGACUGUGAAGAACAAAGUAUUUACCUUUGAUUAGACAUGUACAUAGCAGGAGAAAGGGGCAGUAGCAUUUUGUAGUAAUAUCUCUUGGGUUUAGGGAGGAUAUAAUUGAGACUUGGGGUGUUUAUAUCUUGUCAAUAUUAUUAUCAUCAUAUGUACUGUAGACCAGGCAUACCACCGGUCAUUUUCCAGCAGUCUUCUCUCGUAAGUCACAUUCCAAUAGAAGGCCAGGUAAAUGUCUUCUGACCACCAUGCAAGAACUAAUUGAGUUUACAAAAGUCAACUGCAACACCAAUGUUGGUAGUCAUAUUGGGUAAAACAUGAUGCCACUUUUGUUGGGUCUAGAAUGCUGGUCAGUGGGAAUAUAAUUCCUGCAAUUAUUGCCAAUUUCGUUCCAAAUUUAAACAUGAAAAAAGUUGAAAUUAUACUUUUAUUUUUAUUUGACCAUUUAGUCCAUAUAGUGUACAUGGAGGCAGACCAGGUCACUGAUUUGGGAAUAUGCUGACAGUGAGGCCAGCUGCUUCACUUCUAAAGGUUUGGGUUAGAUGUUAAAAUUCUAUUUACCUGCGACUGCCAGUAGGGGGAGCUUAUACAGUAUGUAAAUCCAUACCCAGAGAACUCCCCUGUGGGUAGGUGUAAGCAGGCAGAACCAUCGAACUUGGAACAAUAUGUCAGAAAAACAAAGCUCUGUCCCCUAGAAAAUUAUAGUAUUAAGUUAGCAUGUCUAUAAACAUACACCCUUAUAUUCCUUUUGGGGGUACGCCCAUACUGAGAUGGCCCUAUGAUUUUUGUAUAUGCCUAAUCCAUGCACAGCAAUUUAGAUAUACUUACCCAGUGGUCAAAUUUCCUAAACUGCAAUUUUGCAUCAUGAUAUAUACAUAGUGAAAAUCAGACACAAGUGACGACUUCCAAGGCUGGACCUCAUAGGGUACAGUCACAUGGCAAACUCACUUUCAUCAGUGGUGGUCAAUGACUGCAUGUUUUUGCGGUAAAAUCUUGCCUGCCAUUGGCUGCUGGGGUGGGUGUGGCUAGGCUGGAUGCGGCCAACCAUGUGGCCAUAACCUUAGCUUGAUGAUUACAAGAAGCAGAACAACAUGUGACACCGAUGAACUGUGAGAUUGUAUAGAUGACAAAGAGUCCUGAUGGUCAAUGUAUAAUCCAAUGAUUUAGAGCAAUGAGCGCAUUUAAUCAACUAAUCAAUAUGUAUGUGUGUUUUAUUACAAAUGGGAUAUUUGCAAGGAAAUAAACUGUUUAAAACCA